UCUCAGGCUCACAUCCACCAAUCCACAUCCCCUCCAGCAACGUCUUCAACCCCUCCAGUCGUGUGGUCAAUGGUGUGCCUGUACAGCCCCACAACAAGUGGCCAUGGCAGGUCGCCUUGCUGUAUGAAAUGAAUGGGGGCCUGUACUUCAUCUGUGGUGGGUCCCUCAUUGACCCCAACUGGGUUAUGACGGCUGCUCACUGCUUCCCUUACGAAGGAACAUACUGGGCUCUGCUGGGUGCGUACAAUCUGUCAGCGAUACCAGCGACUGCACAGGUCAUCCCGGGUCAGUCAUACAUCGUGCAUGGAGAUUAUAAUGCAAGUAAUGCAGCCAAUGGCAAUGACAUCGCUCUCCUCAAGCUAUCACGGAGUGCUGAGCUGACAGAUGAUGUCCAGCUGGCCUGCCUCCCUCCUGCUGGCUACUGUCCGCCCCAUGGGGCAGAAUGCUACAUCUCAGGCUGGGGUUCCACAUACACUGGUGGGCCAGCCUCAAGUGUUCUAAUGGAGGGGUUGAUGCCAGUGGUGGACUAUGAACACUGCUCCCAGCCAGACUGGUGGGGCUCAACUGUGAAUGAAUGUCAUCUGUGCGCUGGUGGAUAUGAUGUCUCUGGCUGUAACGGUGACUCUGGAGGACCGCUCAACUGCCCUACAGAGGAUGGAUGCUGGAAGGUCUGCGGUGUGGCCAGCUUUGUUUCUGCCCGUGGUUGCAACACUGAGAAGAAGCCCACGGUGUUUACUUGUGUGGGUUGCUUCAUUGAGUGGAUUGAGGAGAAUGCUAUCCUCUACUUCUUCUAUGGCAGAACCCUCAUCCAUCAGACUUUGUUGGGUUAUGACUGCCAGGCACUGCAUCUCAUGAGUUCUCUACUAUCCUGA